GGAGUUAGAAAUUAUGGGAGGGAUCGAGACGUGGAAAGAGAAGGCAGGAGAAGAGAGUGGAGGGAGAGUGAAGAGGAGGGAGAGGAGGGAGAGAAGAGUGGAGGGAGAGGAAGAGGAACAGGGAGAGGAGGAAGAGGAAGAAGCAGAGGGAGAGGAGGAGGAACAAGGAGAGGAGGAAGCAGAGGGAGAGGAAGAAGCAGAGGGAGAAGAGGAAGCAGAUGGAGAGGAAGAAGUUACCGCUCUGUCUCUGGCUCCUGUCUCCUGUUCCACAUCUCACCACCCAACUACCUUGCUCUGGAUUUUACUCACCACCACUACCUUGGAUUUCCCUCAGGUCCUGUUAACCCUGUUCUACUCAGCCAACUUCAACCUCAGUCUCCACUUCUGUUUUUUCUGCAACUCAUCCAAGCUUCCCCGGAUCUGCACUCCAUAUCUCUCUGUGUAACAAAUAUUUUGGUUCAUUCAUCCCUGUUUCCUCAUCUGAGUCUGCUCUUGGGUUCCCCUGUGUCACUCCGCUUAACACCGAGUGUUCCAUAGUUCUCUACUUUACCUGCUAAGCUACCAGUCUGACAAAACUACAUGUACAAAAUCCUAUAUUUGUAAGUAUGGUGUCUAGUUGAGGUCAGUGUUUGAAAGCAGCUUGGAAUCAAAGGAAGCACCGGGACCACGCCGAAAUCAGUGGGAUCUCGCAUUUUGCAACGCACGAUUUGAAAAAGCAUGUGAACAAACAAAGCUUUGUUUUAAGCCUUUUUGAAACCUUAACCCUGAAUUUACCCAAUAGAAUUCAUGCCUAAACUUAAGUUUCAGUUAUACCUUUUUUGUUUGACUGACAGCUAAGAUAUGGCUCCACAUGGCGUAAUUGAAAUGUUAAGCCGUGGCGUAAUUCUGUAGCUGCAGUUACGCCACGGGUUGGUGUUUAAUUUGUUGAUUGGGUUUGGGUAUUUGGUAGCGUUUAUGAUACCGUUGACCUUAACAGGGGCCCAUGAAAAGUGGAAGCAUAACAGCCCCCUAACAUCAAAGAUCCACCACAGUAUUUUACAGUAGAUGUGAGGUUAUUUUCUCCAUGCAUCCUUCUUUCAACGCCAAACCCACCGCUGGUUUGCGUGGCCGACGAGCUCUAUUUUAGUUUAAUCUGACCAUAGCAUCCGGUUCAAAUCCAAGGGCUUCCAGGUGUUUACUUUUGUUGGUUUCUCUCAAAGGCUUUUUUUCUGGCAAACCUUCCAAAGUAUAAUUGUAGAUUUAGAGAAUUUUGUUCAUAAAAUCAAUUGUCCAAAAUGGAAAAAAUUGUAUCUCACAGAAUAAAGGUUACUGUAACAUAGUGCUGAGUGAUUCGUGCUUUUUUAUAUAUAUUUAAAAAUCAUGGUUUUCAUAUUUGGUGUUCUGUUUUUUUCUGUUGACAUUAAAUGCGUUAUGCAUUAUGUGGGUUGAAUGCUGUAACACAGAAUAAAACUAUUAA